AUGUCCAAUUUUGUUCAUUUUUAACUUUCUUUCUCUCUCUUUAGAAAGAAAAAAAUUGAGAAGGUCUCCCUCCUCUAAGAAACCUAGCCGCCGCCACCACACCUCCAACAACUGUGUCUGCUUCUCACCUUGUCUGUUUGCAACCAUCACCAUCUUUCCAUCCUUUUCUUAUCAUAUUUUUUCAGUCAAGUUUGUUUUUAGAUCGGAGACAUUUUUUAGUUUCUCAGCCGCCACCUUCUUGGCUAGAUCCUGAGAACCAUAAACUAUAUUUUAAUAAACCAUCGCCGUAUAAAGACUCUCCUCCAUCUCCUCUGCAAAACCCACAAAUAAAAUUCAAGUUCGGAACACGUCCACCGUGCCGGGAAACACGCCCACCGUGCCGGAAACUGCGUUGUUGUCUUCUUCUCCACAGCAAUUAUACAUGCAACAUCAACAACAACAACAAAUAAUCAAGAGAAAGAACUAAACAGAAAAACAAUGGCCUAUUUUGUCAAAUCGUUGGGUUACUUCGCUCAAUGGAAUGUGAAUGGCAACUACUUGAAUCAGAAUGAAUCCGAUCACAUAUCCGAGGCAUUCAAAAUUGCUAUGUGGCAAUGGAGAAUAAUGAUAUCCAGAUCUCGCGUUGUGGGUGCUCAGAUUAUUUCAUUGUAUCCAAUGGAGUACAGUUAUAAAAUUGAGGGUGGUUUAAAUCCCCCUAUUGCUUCUUUCCAAAUUAAGAUUUCGGACACUAUCGGAAAACAUAGUCAAAUUCUAGCUAUGUCAGAAGAAGUUAGAGACUGGCAGUUCAACUUUCCAGGGCGAGGUACUUUUACUUGGAUAUGUGAUAUUGAGCUGCCCGAGGCAUACUACAUUGAGUUAGAAUUCUCACAUUUGCAAUCUUCAAACACAGCCAAUGGAGAAUCUUUCCGCUUUAAUGGAUAUAAGCGAUGUAAAUUAUCAUCCCUUAAUCGAUUGAUUCAAGUAGAUAAAGACAUCACAAUCUAUGUAGAGGCAUCUAAACAAACUAUUAUGGCCCAUCAGUUUGCUCUUGGUUCAAAGUCGAGUGUCUUUAAGCAAAUGUUCAAGGAGGGGUCUGUUGAUACUAUUACCAUCUCAGAUAUGGCAACUAUACCUUGUCAAAAAUUUAUAGAUUACUUCUACGAUAUCUUGAGAGAUGAGGAUCUUCUGAAUUACAGUCGGGAUUUAUUAGAAGCUGCAAAGAAAUAUGAUGUAACUGAUAUGAUAAAGGAUAUUGAGAAAAGGCUCGCAAGGGAUAUCAAUACCCAAAAUGUAGUUGAGAGGAUGAAGAUAGCAUACCGCUAUGAAUUGGAGACUUUGAGAGAUCGGUGUGUGCGUUUAAUUUUGGAGUUUAAAAAAUUUUGGACCAUUCGAAUGGACCUUUAUGAUUUCCUAGAAUCGGUUGAUAGGGAGGUAGUUCGCAAAGUAUUUCGUGAUUUUUGUAGUGUUAUUGCUGCUAUCGAGGGACUUUAAUACAUUUUUCUUAAUCAUGCUACUUGGUAAAUUUUUAUAAUUCUAUAAGAUCAUUUUUGUUUAUAUGA